AUGCCAACUCGCCAGCUGUCUAAGAAGAUCAAGUUACAUGCAUCCGUCAAAAAACGCGCUGAGGGCCGGACCAAGGUCCCAGAAAAAUUCAGAGGCAGCUUCCAGCUCUUUUUCUUCUCAACUACUGGAAUGUUGAAAGUACUAAGGAUGUGUAUUGUUGCGGCAUCGGUGUUUUGUUUCGUCAUUGGCGGCUCCCAUGAGAUGUUUAUAGCAAUCACGAUUCAGGAAACCUGCAUCGUCCUAUUUUUUGUCAUAAUAUAUUUGUUAACCCUUCAACACUUGCUGAUCUGUAUCCACUGGCCUUUGCUUGAUUUUAUCAACAGUUUAAUCUCAGCUGUGUUCCUUGGAGUAGUUGCUCUGAUAACAAUUCAAGAAAAACGAAGGAGGCAUUUGUGUUUUAUUGGAGGGAUCCUGUGCCUCUCGGCAGCAAUCCUGUGUCUCAUCGAUGCCUUGUUGGUCUCCAAUGAGAUGAGGAAAAACAGGAAAAAAGCCCUGAGACUGAAGGCCUCGCUAGAACCAGUGGGGCUCCGCGCAUUCUGCCGCGUGGAGGGUGGGAUGUUCCGCAUCCGCAGGGGUGGGGCGAUCCUGCUGGUCCACGAGAUGAGGCGGGCUCGCGCUGACCAAGCAUAG